AUGCACCAGAUUUACAGCUGCAGCGAUGAAAAUUUAGAAGUUUUCACUGUGAUUUCUUCCAAAUCAUGCAGUCCUGCCCGAAGACGAGCCAAAGCUUCACAGCACAUCCUUGCAAAGAGUGUGGUGGCCAUCCCGGAGCGCCGGUCCCAGCAGGGUGACCUGCUGCGUGCGCUGUACGAGGAGGAGGCGCGGGGCAGCGCGGGGCAGCGCGGGCAGCGCGGAGCCGGCCCCAGCAAGGGCCCUGCCCAGCACCCUGGAAUUCCUGAACAAGAGUCAUCCAAGUCCUAUAACCACCUGUUGGAUGGAAAAUCUUUGAUUCCUCCAUCUCCAGUCGCCCAUAUCACGGUGAAAGCUGUGGCUGUCACGGGCUCGCCCACACGCGACCGCGCUUCCACGGAAGACCACAGGCAGCGCUGGAGGAAGACAACAGAGUAUGACCUGUCCCUGCCACCAGGAGCAGAAGCUUCCAUACCACUGACAGGAGGCAACCUGUGUGGGACACCCAGCCUCCUGAGGAAGAUGUGGAUGAAGCACAAGAAGAAGUCAGAGUACCUGGGGGCAACAAACAGUGCCUUUGAGGCGGACUGA